AUGGAACAACUUGCGAAUGCCAGGACGUUCAUGGAGAGCAAUCUCGGUGAACUUGCAUCAUUCCUACUCAAGAGCGCAGGAAAGGUCAAUCUGGACCUCGCAGGCUUGCUCGUGCUCGCAGACCUCCAAGGCGUCGCCCAGUGGACGGCACUGACCGGUACAUCCGCGUGGCUGGACAUCUUCAUCAUCGCGCCGGGACUCCAUAGACAAGCUGCCGCACCGGAUCUCUGUAAGGGCGAGUAUCCGGCUUGCGCUGCUAUGACUACCGGCUACGUCUUCCGCGUUGAGAAUCCGGCUACUGUCUCUUACCUGCAGCGUGUUGGUCGGCCGGGACAUCUCACCACACUUUCGGUGUGGAAUACCGCAGAGAGAACCGGUGCUGCUCGCAGAUUCUUGUCUAGCAUCUACGAUUUUGAGGAGGGACGGACUGGGCCUACUAUUGCGUACUUUGUCGCUGUAGCGCUGACGAUGGCCGUAUUGGACGCCCUGAUUCUCGUACGGGAUCUUUGGGGCAUCGCGACGAUUGCUACUCUAAUGCUGGUCCGUUUCAUCAACGUGGCUAUCAUCCGACGCAGAUCCAGGCCUGGCUGGUUUGGCGCACCUGAGCCUGGUUUCCGAAGCGAUCUGCUCGUCUUGCUCAGCCAGGAUCGCUGGAUACGCAUCCAAGGACUGACGGACGAUGUAAAGGCUGUCACCUCCGGCGCAUGGUUUCAAGAGUGCACACUCCUCCAGAAUGUGCUUCUUACCACCGCCACUCUUCUAACGUAAGUUCUGAGCCAUGAGCUCGCAGCGUGUCUUGCUCAACGGGCACACUAGGUACUUCGACGUUGUCAUGGCUGCAAACGCGUCUCAGACCGGCAAAUUGCUACUCGUGUUCCUCCUCUUGGCUAACUCGGGCCUUCUGGGUCUUGUAAAUUACGCUUCGACUUCGAUGACAGUGCAUGGUCGAGCAGUGACUGUGAGCUCUGGCCCGAAGAAAUACGAUCGGAGACUCACUCUCGCCAAGGAGCUCAUCAAGGAGUUCGGCAGAACAGACUGCUUCGUUGGCAUGGGUAUGAUCCAACCGCAUCAAGCCAAAGACGCGAAGAAAUCCUACCAAGGGGCAGUGACAAUGUAA